UUUAGGCGGAAGCGCUGAAAGACUCAAACCUGUAGUUUGAGAGAGUUUUUGAAGUGGUUGAACAGGUUCGUUCCGGGCGGUUCUGAUGUGAUCCAGGUCCUUGUGUGAAUCUGAUACCCUACAGACCACCCAGAGUUCCCCGCGGUGGCCGCUGUCAUCGGUUAGCCUAUUAGCUUCAGCGUGGACUAACUUGUAGGAGUUAGGUAAAGAUGUCGGGAGGAGACCCGAGGGCCGUAUUGUACUACAACCUGCCCGCCUCCGUUGACUGUGAGUUCUGCCGCAUCAUGGACGGGCUGUCAAACCAGGACUGGACCCGCUUUGCCUCUGGGAUGCUGAUGGAUCAGAACGACGUGCGAUUGGCUGAAAGGCAGGAAAGGCGGACCCACUGGGUGAUGGUCAAAUGCUCGAACAGGAACAUUCGAGUCGGAGAGCUGAUCGACCUGCUGGAGGAUCUGCAGCUGUUACGCCCCCGUGAUGUCAUCUUGAACUGGGUGAGAAGUCUGGACCUUUACUCCUAUGCUCCUGCUCCUGCUCCUGCUCGUCAUCUUCCUUCUUCAUCUCCUUUUUCUGACUCUCAGUUUGUCCCCCCUCCCAAAAAGCCUGGGGCCACACCCAUACUGGACACCUGUAGACUGGUCUCAAUAGGAAGACGAAGUCCAUUACCCAGACCUGCAUCGCCCCCCCCGGGGCUACUCUCUGAAGUGCAACAACGUCACCAGCCCCAGGUGAUGGUGGCGGUGAGCAGCAGCAUCCGAGUGAUGCUCUUGUCAUAUGAAGAGGUGUAUGCUGGGACAAAUGGGUUCUCCCCCUGCCUGCAGAUAGGGGAGGGGGGGUUUGGAGUCGUGUACAGAGCGACUCUGAAGGACAUGAAGUGCGCCGUCAAGAAAUUCAAAGAGGACGGGCUGCUGGACUGGGCUCUGCUGAAGAAGAGCUUCCAGACUGAAGUGGAGCAACUGUCAAGAUUCAGACAUCGCAACAUUGUGGAUCUUUUAGGGUUCAGUGACGGAGGAGGUUCAUUGUGUCUGAUUUACAGCUACAUGGAGAACAGAUCUCUGGAGGACCAGCUGCACAACGAGUGUGCGGUGCUCUCGUGGCCUCAGAGAGUCAGUGUUGUUAAAGACGCAUCAGAAGCUCUGCAGUUUCUCCACUGCCGCCCUGAAGGCGAAAAGCCGCUGAUCCACGGAGACGUGAAAAGCUCCAACAUUUUGUUGGACAGUCACAUGACCGCGAAGCUUUCAGACUUCGGUCUGGCUCGGUUUGUACCCACCGGCACCUCGGCAGCUAGCACGACAUCCGUGGGUAAAACGACAACAGUGAGAGGAACGCUGGCUUAUCUGCCGGAGGAAUACGUGAGAGGCGGAGAGCUGGGACCCAAACUGGACGUUUACAGCUUCGGAGUGGUGCUGCUCGAGGUGCUGACUGGACGUCGAGCUCUGGAGAAAGAUGGGAUGUGUGGAGAGAGAUACCUGAAGGACCUGGUGGAGGACAUCAAGGAAUGUCCAGGUGGCUCAACUGAAGCAGUUUGGAGGAAGCAUCUUGACAAACGGCUGAUUUCCGGGGGCACUGCUGAGCUUACUGGUAGCCUGCAACUGGCGGAUCUGGCCUGCAGGUGUCUGGCAAAACUCAGGAAGAAGAGACCGGUAAUGAAAGAUGUGUGUGCAUCUCUUGAGGACGUAUAUAAAAUGGUGAGGGAGCCUCCCUACCAGUCCUUCCCCAGACCUCCCCGCUCUCUGGACUCUAAUAUACAACAGCUUUCCAAAGAGCUGAGUAAACUGGGACCACUGGAGGACACCUACCAGGUGUCACAGUCAACCAAAUUUUCUUCCUCUCCCUCUUUGUUCACCCUCGCCACUCCUGACCCACUUCACUCAUCAUCAUCUCUUCCCCCGUCAUCCAUUUUCCCUCCUGUGUCUUCCUGUUCAUUCGCUGGUCCGUGUGAAACCGACGAGAGUCGAGGUUUCUCCCAGUACGACCUUCGCUCUCAGCUGAGAUCAAACGGGACCAGCUGCAGGUCUUUAUCUCCUUCCACCAAAGCCCAGUAUCGCAGUCCAGCUAGGCUCACAGAGGUUGAGUGCAACCAGCCUUCGGUGCCCACUGAGGACCAGUACAAUUUCCCUCCCCAGCCCAAUAGCACCAGUUUGAGUAUAGCACCCGGAGCACUGAGAGGGGCCCCAGCAGGACCAGAGACUAGAGGGCAAACCACGGCAGGGGCCACUGCAAGGCUCUACGGCUUCUCUCCUGCAGGGUCCCUGAAGUCAACAUCUCCAGAGCCUUCAAUUCAGAUAAAUUCCAGCAAACAGCGACUCCUGGAGAAGAAAGCUCAGUACGAGGAAGGAAGGAUUCGUACUCCUGAGCUGCUGUCGUCUGAAAACAUCUACUUAGAGAAGAGUCUUGGGGACAUCAGAGGACCAGAGGAGAGCGAUGAGCUGGAUUAUCUUCCCACUAAACACAAGUGACUGCGGUUAUCUAUUAUGGACACAAAGCAGAGGACCAAAGAUGGACAGUUUCUGGAGUGCAGCUGUGGAUUUCAUCAUCACUAAUGUUACCGAAAAAAGUGCUGGAUGGUGGAGCUGCUGGUGUGUCACAUUUCAGACUGCUGGUGAAUCUGGGUUUCAUAGAUUUCUCCAGCUGUGCAUUUACCAAAAAACAUCACUGGGUUCAAACCAAGUGAUGCUCAUGUCAGCGUAACGCAACAUUCCUGUUAUUUUCAUCUAACUGAAAUUAUUUAUUCAUUAGUCUGUAAUAAUUUUAAAAUUCACAUGGAAAUAUUUUAAUAUUUGUAAUUGUGUCAUAAAAUUCUGAAAACGCAGUACAUGCUAUAUGCUUUGAAUGCCGCAGAGUUUGAGACGAUGUUUUAUGUUAUUGAGCGCCAACAAAAACCUGCAUCGGGUUGAUGGCUGUUGUUGUUCAAAGAGCAAGACAAAGGUAACACAGUAGCCACUGUGAUGUCACAAGUUCUGCAUUUUGAAGCUGUAAUGUAAUUAUCGGCGGAGCCAGAAGAUGUCAUAUGUGGACAGGAGGGUGAAAUGUUAUCAGGUACUGCUAGCUGGCUUUGAUGGCAAACUGCAUCUAUACACUGUACAGGUGGAACACCGAGACACCGCUACCUGUGAAAUACAAUAUUAAAUUUUCAGUCACCAAAACUGAAGCACGGAGAAAAUAUAAUCAGAUGAUAACAUUUUUGAUUUGGAGCAGCCUCUAAACAUGUUUAGGUCUAUUUCUUGUAAAAUUCGGCAUUUUAACAUUGGACCUUUUUUUACUAAGCAACUAUAUAACACUGAAAAUAAUUAUUGUUAACUGGUUUUACUAGUUCUUCACUUGAGACAGUUUAUAAAAAUAGUUUGGCCGAUUUAAUUAAUUUAAUUAAAUAAACAAGUUUUUAAAACCCA